GUCAAAGCGCAAAAUAGUGAGCAAAUCAAAUUCAUGUCAAAACAACGAACGUGUACUAGGCCCUGAGUGUUAGUUUUGUACAAAUGCCUUGUCAUCAGGAAUGAACGGACCAUACUGAAGCCAAUAGUGAUACAUUUUUUUCAAAAUUGAGGCUAUAUGCACUGAGUAGAAAGCAUGUCAAGAAGAACUGCAUCACAGAUGUAUUUAGACGAGUCGGUUCUUGGAGGACCAGUGUCCCGCAAGACUCCAGUUGAUAACAUUUCUAUGGGAUCGUCUCCUGGAGUUCCAAUGGCAGCAUCAACAGUAAUGAAGACAAAUAAAUAUCAAGAAUAUUUAGAGGAGGAUACAAGAGGAUCAUUUUAUGGUCAGCAACAUUUUUUAAAGAAUCCAAAUCCUCAAGGCCUCACUGCUCUGAAGCCUUCAACCUUUGACCUAGACAGGCCUGGCUCGCAAAGUCCUCAACAGAGCAAGAAAAAGCUGAAAACAAAAGGACUUCUAGAUAGCCUUGACUCAGAGAGCUCAAGUGAUAUUGAUAAUUUCCUAAAAACUCACAACCUCUCUGAUAUUUUGGAGAAGAUGCCCUCGUCAAAUUUGUCUCUAAGCAUACGAACUGAUCUAGGUAGAGACAGUCUGGGUCGAGAGAGUCUGGGUUUGAAUAAUACUGGAUCCUCUUUGGGCAUACUCUCUAUUGAUUCUAUGCAUGAUCUGUCUGGUAGCCUUCUUCAAAUUGGCAGUCCAACAAACAACCUCAGAGAGUUUGCAGACCCCGAUACAACCCUCACCCCAGACACCCCACUGUCAGGGAUCAGUGAUGAAGGUUCGACAGACUUUGGAUUCCUCGAUACAGGAGCUGAUAAAGCAGGAACUCAUAAAGAAUUGAAAAGUGAUCGGUAUGAAAUCUCUACAGGUUGUUUGGAUUGUGUUAUUAAGUCAAAUAUUUAUCCAGAAGGAACAGGGAAAGAUUGCUGUAAAGAUGAUGGUGUUAUGCAGAGAGAUUUUAAUACUGAACAAAUUCAAAGAUCAAAUUCCAGCAUUGUAACUGGUCGAGAUUCUGAUGCAAAACAUACCAAAGCCAAAGACAAUCACCCUACUUCAAUGCAACCAAUGUAUUCAGAAAGUGGUCGCAGAUUUACUCCAGAAAAGCUUGACUCCAUGUUUUUUGAACACAGUCCAAUGGCUAAUAUACCACGACCAGGCAGCGGAGAUGGUGAGGAAAUCUUCACACCAAGGCUGCCAUCUCAAGGCCAAGAACAAACAAGUAGCCAUGUUAGUCUUCCAAAACAGACAUCAAAAUCAACAUCUGAUGGUUUUGUAACAAAUGAGGCAUUGCGUCAGAACAGUGCUAAUGACAUCAGUUUUGCUGGAUCAAGUCUUCCAUUUAGGCAAUCUCAGAAGAGUCCACCUCUGGGGGCAAGAAGGCCAUCAGAAGGAAGUGAAGGCAGCUGGCAAGAUGCUGCCAUCACCAGACAAAAGAAGUUCACAAAGUCUUCCCAUAAGAAAAAGAAUACUAAUAUAGAGGCAGUUUUAAAGCAAGAUAUUCGUGGACGUGCUAUUGGUAGUGAAUCUAUGGACAGCAGUGAAAUAGACACAGAAGAUGAACUGGAAGCUGUUAGAAAGGAAUUGGAGGAGCGUAACAGCUACGUGGAACCGGCUGAUAGAGAAUGCAUAGGUGAGAGCGAAGAGAGUAGUAAUGAUGGACGUCCUGGCCUAGAAGGUGGUAGUUCAGAUGAGAAUGAUGUAGCUUAUAACUACAAUUCAAUCCAAGGUCCCAGAGAAUCAGCAGAGGGUGAGGUGAUAGCCCCUGUGCCUGGUGAUGGUGGGGGUGGUGGUGAUGGAAUGAGUGAUGGUGAGGAUAAUAACGUCGCCUCUGCUUCAAUUCAACCGUCUCUCACUACAAUGGAUUUUUUUCACGGGCUUGGGUCGCAAGGCUCAGCAAGGACUGAUCAACAUUCAAGGAAUAUCGAAGGUCGGUCUCAAGGCAUGUCACAGGGUCCAUCACGGGGUCAGCCUGUAGGGAACGGCACAAUAUCAUCACCUUUUCGUCAAGUACGGUUUGCAAGUAAAGAUGAAGUCAACAUGUUAUCUAGGCUAGACAGUGACUCCGACUAUUCGAGGGGAAGACCUUCUAAUACUUCCAUUUCAAGUGAUACCAGUAGAUUGGAAGGGGGUGAUGUAGAACUUCCAUCCAUGUUCUUGAAUCCUAACACUCAUCGUCAUGGUGACAGUGCCCUGAAUACAUCUGGUAGCCAAUGGCAAGCGAGCAGUAUCCACUUUGAAGAAGGGGAGUCUGCAUUUGAUGGCGAUGGCAAGGAAAGUAUGACAACAUAUCAAUCACCUCAAAGAUAUAAUCCAUUUGACCAAGGUGUCGCAGACUCUGGACAACCUUUCAAUGGCCGAUCUUCUCUAGGUGACUUUGGCAUGGGUAACAUGGACAUAACCUUUUCACAGAAGUUCUCUUUUGGUGACGAUGAAUUUUCGCAGCUGGAGACAUCUGCCAGAAGCUCUGGGAGUGAGCACAGUGGCAGUACCAGAAGCAGCAGUAACACCAGUAGACAGGUUGCUGGUAAUUCAUUUCAAGUAGGUAGUGAAAGUGGCAUUAAGGAACAACACAGCUCUGUCUACCUUGAUAAUGAUGGUCAAGUUGUCAAUGACUUGGCAUUUAGAAACUCACUACCCACAAUGCAUCAAGACAAUGGCCCCUUUUCUGCUUCUGAUAAUAGUUUUACUGUUGAUGACUUAGGAUUUGAAAAUGAUGAAUUCAUAAGUGGAGGGGAUGCCAAAGCACUGAUAGAUGAAGCAGAGAAAUCUUUUCAGCAAGAGAAUUUAUUUAGACAGGAUGAGCAUAUGUCACCUGAACAAGCCAGUAGUGGUCAGUUUGAUUGGUCAGCAGGUAACACAGCCUCAACAGGUGUUGAGAACAUCUUAGGUGGAUACAAGGACAUUAUUGGUACAGAAGACUUCUGUAGGAUAUCCAUCGGAGCAUUCAUGGAAGCCCGGACGGAAACUCUUGGCUCUCUUUCUGGGAAUGGAAAUAAUCCUAGACCUGAGUUUGGUGCUGGUAAGGUGGUAUCCCCAUCGUCUGGCCUACCCCAUGCACUCUAUGACAAUGUGGAGACUUUGGAUGACACUUCCCUCCAAGAAGCUUCUACCUUUGAUGGUUCUCAAACUUUAGCUGAUGACACAAAUUCAGAAACAAUGGACAUAAAAAGUUGGAAAACUUCAAAAAGUAAUUUUGAAAUGGACAGUGGAAAUAGCACAUACAAUGUAACAUCAGGUAGCAUGAGUCGGACAUUAACAGGUGACACGUCUGAAUUAGAAAGAAGCAAUCAAGAUUUAGGAUUAGAUAAUAGAGGCAAUCGUGCUACACCAACAGAUAAAAAGAGUGGUGAUUUGGACAUGACCCACACCCCAGCUGUAAACAUGAGUGCAAUAGCUUCAGCAAUAGUAAACGCAUCCAGUUCAACGAAACCACAAGAAUUAGCUGCUAUGAUUCUUGCGCUGUCAAACAAACCCAAAGACACUGCUGGUAAAGGAGUGUCGGAAAAGAGUGAUCCGAGAUCAAACAUUGGUCAGAAAGAAGCAGAGAAAAGAAACAGUACAUCUGAAAGUACAAGGCAGGGUCGUGACAAUAUGGCACCUGCAACAAAAACUCAAUAUGAAAAGUCUUCCAUGUUUAAGAAAGACAUGAAAAAACAGGAAGGAAUUGAAAACCAAAGCAAGCAAAGCAAGACUGUAAAUCAGAGUGAUCAAAUUCCUUUUUCGCAAAAUAUUAAGAGAUCAUCCAGAUCGAGCCAUGGUAGAGAAACAAAUCUCAGAGAAAGACACAGUGAACUUCACAAAGACAGGCAAUACAAUUCUUCACGCCCUCAGAGAGUGGGAGACGGGGUUGAAGAUGCCCUGAGGUCAAAUUCUAUGUCAAGUAAUGAUUCAGUAGAAAGUGAAAAAAAUGCUGUCAUGCAAUAUGUUACUCCAUACAAUGCGAAAAGGGACGUUACAGAACAACAAAGCAGAGAAGCAUAUAGCAAAACCUCUAUCACAUCCAAAGAGAAACCAGAAGGAACUCAAGGAAACUGUGCCACAAAGAAAUCUGAUAAUGUCUCAAGGAACUUAAAAUCUUCUGAUAUAGGUGUCAGAGAUUUCAAUGCAGUUGUACAGCUUCCUGAGGUGUAUUCAUUACAGUCUGGUGAACCAAAGGUUGGACAGGUUGACCCAAUGCAGACUGCAUCUAAACCUUUAAAUGAGGGGGACGACAUGGAAAUGUCUGAUGCCAUGGUUGUUGAAAUGCUAAGGAAAUCCAGGCCGAAGAAAAGUGCACAGGUUGUGAAAAACCAAAAAAGACAAGAUACAGGUCAUGGGGAACCAUUCAUAAAAGAAGAUGUCCAAAAGGUGGCACGUUCUAACCACAGACCUCAUGCUAUAAACAGUUCUAAAAAUGGACAUGAUAAUGUCAGUCGAGGUUCUGUAACACGGCAACCGCAUGAUCAAUUAAAGGGUAGUUACUCCAAAAAAGCUAGCACUGAGUCAGAAUGUAAAACAGAAAGUAAACGCAGUGAACCUAUGAAUCAGCUACAACCUACUGCAACUUCCAGACAUAGCAGUACUCAAAAAUUGAAAUAUUCUGGCCAGAAUGAAGGGCUCAGUGAUAUGCAAAUAAAUAAUGGUUAUCAGCCUCAAGAUUCUAGUAGUUGCCAGACUAUUAAGUUGCCAGCAAGACCAGUAGAGAGGGAACAGCUGCAUUCAAUUGAAAACAAGCAUAAAAAACCUCAUGAAGAAGAUCAUCUACUGGACAGCCAACAAAAACAUCUACCCAAGACUGAAAGUAUGAUUAUAUCAAAAGAGAAUUCACUUAAUGUAGAUAAAAGUAUGUCUAAUGUUCCACGUCCUCACAAUCUUUCUGACACCGGUAACCAUGUUGGUGUUGGUUUGCAAGAACCAGAAAAUCAGAAUAAGAGAUCACCAGAGAAGAAAGGUAAGAGAUCAUCACCAGGUAAAGGGCGAUAUUCAAGAAGAUCACGAGACUCUGAAGUAAUAAUUGUUGGCAAACAUCGCAUUGUACCAUCAGAAUUAAUGUCAAGGCCAUCAGAUAUUAUGAACGAAACUGAAGACAGCUUCUUCAACAUAACUCAGAGCCAACCAAAUGAUGCUGAAAAAAGUCCAGAACAAACUGUUGGCAAAGAAAUAGAAGAUGACAAAAUAUUGAUGGACAUUGUAAGAGGAAAUCUUAGUCGGCAGCAAAUGCAUGUGUCACCAUCACAAAAAUCAAAGAAAUCAAUAUCACCUAGGACUCAUGAAAGGGAUAGUGAUUUUCCAAGGCCACAGCAGAAGUAUAGUUCUGCAGCUCACGUGUUGCCAUCUCCCUCUCGUAACAGACAUGCUCCUGAAGAACAUCCACAUCAACCUCAACUUGUCAGUACUGCAUCAAUUUCAAACGACCAAAGAUAUUUAGCCCCACAACUUUCAAUUCCUAUUUCAUCAAUACCUAGUCAUGGCUUUACCAACCAGACAUCUUUAUUUCCAACUAAUAUGCAUCAUGAUCCUAUCUCAACCUUUCAACCUAUCUCUGAUAGCAGAAGUCUUUCAGUGCUGCCACCACCUGGUAAACCCACUUUAUUAACUAGCCAAUCACUUCUCAAUACUGUUGUUGCUAGCCAGUAUUUAAAUGACAGACCAAUAAUGACAACCCAUGCCACAGAUCAAAACAGUAGCCACACCAGUACUGGUAGUAGCCACUUCUUUGGAUCUACAUUUCCAAAUGCAUAUGGAAUGCUGCCACCAACCAGCCAAGGGAGUCGUUAUUUACCGGUAUCUUCAGCUCAGGGACAACCUGCAGCUGGAAGGGCUCACUUUAUAUCAACUCUUCCUAGUGGUACAACAGUCCCACAUUUUCAUGGACCAUCAUCAUUGCCUCAUGCAAGCAUCGUUACUAGCCUUGUUGUACCAAGACAGCUUAGGUUUCAGGGAGUAUGUUGUGUUGGUAUUGCUGCACAGGCAAAGCUUCCCCUUCACAACCCAUCCUCCAGAUGGUUGCAAUGCUCACUGGAGGUGGUCUCAGUGACAGUCAAUGGAGAAGAGUCUAAUCCAGGAAGCAAGCCUUCGUUUUUAGUCCAUCCAAAAACCGUCAUUAGCCCUCAUACUACUGAAGAGGUCAAAGUGAUAUUCAUGCCCAAACAUCCUGGCAUUUACAUAGCUGAAGUUCAUGUAGCCUCUAGCCCAGUUGUUGCUGAUAGUGAGGCAGCAUUGGUGCAGGCAUCUGCUCCACAAAUAGUGACCAUACAAGGUUUGGCUGAGAAGCCUAAUAUUGAGGUACUGGAAUCCGACGAGGGCAGUGUAAACUUUGGCAACGUUAACCAGAACACCUCUGAGUCAAAAAGUAUUAUGUUGGUGAAUCGUGGAAGAGCAACAGUGCCCAUAAGAAUUUCUCUCAUUUCUGGUUCUUUGAUGCAUCAUUUAAGCUUUAAUGUUGGUGAAAAGUCCAUUGCAGGAAUGGCAACCCAGCCAGUGCACACAACAUUAGCAGGCCACGAGAAUCAGGCUGCUGAACCUCCGUCUGUAGCUGUCUGGGUCCACAUCAAAUCAUCCGGUAAGCUAAGCAGCAGCAGUAGUAGUAGUGGUAAUUUAGGCCCCCCUGAUGUCAUUUCUGGACAGCUGCAAGUGGAGUUUGACACCCCAGAGCAGCAUGAAUACCUAGCAGUACUACCCAUCAAGGGACUUGUUGGAAUAGCUAGACUCCAUGCACCAAGAAGUUUACAGGUUUUGGAGUUUGCAUCCUCCGUUGGUCAGCACUCUAGUCGUAAUCUGCCUUUGAAAAAUGCCGGUAACCUCAGGCUAGACAUCCAUUUGUCUGUUACUAGAGCUAAGGAAUUAUUCACCAUGGUACCAGAGAAACUGUCAAUAGAACCAGGGGAUGACAGGGACAUCUUGGUGAAGUACAGUCCUAAGGAAGCACCCUCAGAGGUAGAAAGUGUCCUUAUCAUCCAAGUUGUACCUGAUGGACCACAAUACGAGGUGGUUGUAAGAGGAAAAGCAACCCCCUACGCUUCAAAGUCCAAAGCACCAUCAACUCCACCUAUUCUAUGCACUAAACAGUUUGUAGUGUGGGGAGGAGUACCAGUUGGCAGAGCACUCCAGCAGAAGAUGGUGCUAAAGAACAACUCAGAGACUCAGCUAAUGAAAUUGAAAUUGUCAAUCAGGGGAAAUACUCAAGAUUUUCAGCUUCAGAGUUCUUUUGGACAGCAAGAAAAACUGACAGACAACCGGCAAGUUCUUCUCAAGCCCUCAGAGGAGUUUCCAGUACACAUCCUGUUUGCGCCAACUUCAGAAGGCACCAUGCAGGGAACACUAGUCAUCAAACCAAACUCUGGCAACACAAAGUUUACAGUGCCAUUGUCUGGGUAUGGUGGCGUGAGUAGUAUAAUUUUGAAUGGCCUCACACAUGUUGGUGAUACAUACUUGUCAAAUAUAAUGAAUGUGACUGCUGGGAAGAUUAGAACCCUGUCAUUUGAAGCCCUGAACACAGGUUCAAGGGCAGCUUUUGUUAAGAUCAUCCCAUUUGCUGAUCUGAAAGCAAGUGAAAAGCUAGAAUCAAAGAGAAUCAGCAUCAAACCAAACGAGUUUAUUUUGCAAAAAGAAAAACUCCAGAAAAUUACUUUGACGUUACAUUUAACUAAAACGGACGAAGUUCUGUGCUGUCAGCAAUCACAUCUAUUGUGUGCAGUUGGUAUUUUCUAUGGAGAUGAGAUCACAAGACACCAGUUUCGACGCGCUCAGAAAACAGGAACCGCAAAAAAAGUCGUAUUGUCCAGCAGUAACCCACUGAAGGAUGUUGUGUUUGAUAAACCGUUCUUCAACGAGGAAAACAUAGACGAAAAGUGCAAUCUACCACCAACACCAAAUGACAGCCAGCUGUUCUAUUCAUGUAUGUCGCGAUUAAUGGUGUCCCUGAUUGGCGCGUCAAAAGAAGCCGAUGAGAGUAUUCAAUACGAAGGAGACUGGAACCUGAAACAGACAUCAGAAUUUGAUAACCAAAUGCAAACUUUACCCAGGAGUAAAGAUACUGGCAAAGAAAGGAUUAGGCUGACAUCAAAUUCUCCACCAAAUAAGGAAACACCUGCACCACCCUCUUCCCACAAUGCAAUAUUGUCUUCAGUCAUCUCGUCCAAUAGUGACUCAGGUCCCUGGAGCAUUCAGCCAGAACAGCUGGUGUUACACGCGCAAUCCCAUACUGUCAGCAAGGGACGGGUUCAAGUCAUCAACUACACAGACAGAUCGCUCAGCUUUGAGUUGACUUGGCCUGGACACUGCUUAACCGUAACACCUCAGACUGGGGUAGUGGAACCUCGUAGCCAGAUCUUGGUGUUGGUUAGCCCAAGCCCUGCUCUAGCUUCCAGGGGCGUUCAGCUGCCUUGGGGUGGAAGUGUGUAUAUUAAGUGUGAUGGAAUCUUAAAGGAGAUAAAAGUUCAAAUCAGGGAAGACAUGGCAUUAGACACAUCCAUUUAUCCAUCAGCUGGACAUCUACAGUCACUUAACAACCAACCGUCCACCCCCGCAGAGACAAUAGGAGUGCCCAAGCUUCCUGUAACACAACAGAUUAUAGUUAAAUCCAGGACAGUGUCUUUUGAGGAAACGAGGGUGGGGAAUGUCGCAGAAGCAACAGUUGAAUUUAAAAGCAUGACAACUGAAGUGCUACGGUGGUGUUUAUCAUCAUUCGCACCAGCGUAUGUGAAGCAAGAUGGCGGGGAGGUGUUCCGUGCUACGUAUUCUGCCUUUCGAUUUGCCAAACAAUCGGGGUCCAUUCUGUCUGGACAAGAAUUUAAGUUCAAACCAUGCUAAUUCUUGCUACGGGAUUGGAGUUGAGGAUUCAGAACUGAUGUUCCCAACCACCGAGCUACAUGCAACGUCCAUGCUCAAAGUUGUUAUUAGGAACCGAACGGAACAGAAUCAAGAGGUCAAAUUCCUGAGCCCACAGACUCCAUUUAUGAUAAAGCACUUUAAACAUGUGAUCCGCAAUGGGCACUAUGCCCGGCUUCCCGUCUUCUUCAAGCCCACACAUCCAGGCAAGUUUUCCGGGACGGUAGUUAUUCAGACCAGUUCGGAUCAAAAGCUAGCUGUCAAACUCCAUGGGGAAGCAGUUUAAAGGUUUCCCAUGAAAUACAGUAACAGUGUAAAUUUCAUGCACGCUUCCAAGAACCUGUCUACUGCCAUAGGCUGUGUUUUCUGCUAGUACAUUAUUAAGACAAAGAGGGUCUGCUUACUGCUGUGAUAGCCUGGUUAAGAGAUUCGUUUCCAUGGUGUGAUGAUAACACCCAAUCAGAAUGUAUUUUGGAAAAGGAGUACACAUUAAUAUUGAAAAAGUACACGUUGCUACCGGGAGAAUAUAAAUCGAUCCAUUAUUUGCUGUGAAAUUUUUUUUUUUCUUUAAUUCUUAGGAAAUGGUAUUUAAUUAUUAGAUAUUUUAUAUUAGCAAUUAUUGUGGGAUUAGGGUGUAGGUGCACUCUUGUUGUUGGUUCAGUCUUGAUUUACCCCUACAGGUCGGUUUGAGCUCAAGUUUUGUGUUUACCUUUUCAUUUAGUACUGACACUCUGUCGUUUAUUUUAUUAUUUAUUUAAUUUUACUUUUAGGCACAAUGUCCGAAGAUAUGCCAAUAGCAAACUUAUGCACUAAAUGGCAAUCUCUUUCUCAAUACAACAUAUACACAUGAUACACUACAUGAACCAAGUCUCAUUAUGAGGCGUACAGUAGGGAUUAGAAUUGUUUUUGUCGUGAGAGUUGUGUAAUGUAAUCUCUAUGUAUCUUGGAUACAGAUGUGUAUAUUACUAGCUAUAAAUAAUGUAACUGAACACAGUUUAUAAUAGGUACUAUACUAUUCAAUUGGAAAUUCUUCACUCACUUGCAGUGUUUGAGUUAUGAAAAUUAUUAUUAUUAUUAUUAUUAUUAUUAUUCUUUC